AUGGCUGCCUUGGGCCGGAACACACGUUGGCAGACGUCAGACCUGUGCAUGUGCAUCUCUUCCAUUAUCAACUUCUGUCAGAGUGUUCUCCGGCUGGCAUGCCAGCGGGUUUUUGGGCAACCCAUCGCUGACACUGUCACAAUGCCCAUGCCCAAGCGGAAGAUCGAAGAGAUCUCGAAUACCUCCGAGACAGGCCAGGUGAUCAGCUCAGGCCAAGUUGAAGGCCCCUAUUUGGCGGAGCUGAGUGAUGAGGUGCUCUUGCAGAUCAUGAGCUUACUCCCUGGCUGGAUGGCAUGGCGACUGGAAGCCACUGGUUUGGCAGCGUGGCGAGCAAGUGACAGCUGGUGGCAAAGCAGGUGCCACCUGGAGUUCUCAUCGGAAACUGCGCUGGGCAGCUGGCGGCAAACCUAUAGACGCCUAUUGGGUGUCAAGAUAGCCAGGACAGGUGUUUGGUGCUACACCAGCCGUCAGCAUGGGCUGAACGACCGAGUGGCAGCCCCGCAGCUCUUUGUUGGGCCCAGUGGUCAGAAGCUCUUUUGCUAUGGUGGCUGGAGUGAUGGAGGACCUCAAACCGACCUCCACUGGGUCACCGUUGACGCCGUUCGAGAUGCUGCCAAGAAGUUGUCACGAGAGGUUGACCAGUGGCGAUUCCAACCGGCUGAGGCUUUUGGUGCCCCAGCCAGGGCUGGCGGCGUGCAGACUCUUACACCUCUAUGGUUCGGAAAAGACGGGCCAACUGAGGCCCACAUUGCUACCACAGCUGAGAAGCUGCAGCGAGGCCAACACAGGGCUACGGAUAUUGAAGUUGGUGCUGCACUGGUCAUGGCCUUUGGUGGUGGUGGUGGUGGCUAUCGACAUGAGCACAACAGUUGGGCAAUCGGUGUGUUGCAAGAAGGCAAAGGCAGUAAUUCUUCCAAGAUCUUGUGGGGCCGGCCUGAGCAAGGUUCCUUGGAUCAGGAGUCAAUCCUAGAUCCAUGGCAGCCAACAGCACGUUGCGCACACUCAGCGACCUACAUCCAUUCAAGGUUUGCAGGCAUGGAUGAGGGCUGCGUGAUGAUUUUUGGUGGUCACACCUCCCAUUGCACAUCGAGCCUGGCCAGUGCAGAAAUGCUCUCCUUGAACGACUGGCAGUGGCAGCCUUUGAAUCUGCAAAAAUCUGAAGCGUUGGGAGAGGACUGGGAAAUGCCACCACGCCACGGGCACAGCACCACUUUGUUCGAAGUAGAUGGCAAAGGAUACUUGGUGGUCCUUGGAGGUGGAACUGGCAACAUCUUGGACAAUUUCGGUGUGCAUGACAUUGGAGACGUCGCAGUGCUAGCCAUCGAAUCCUGGAAAUGGAUUGGUCACUACCGCCUCUCCGGAGAUAUUAUCCCUGGGCGGCAUCACACAGCUUGCCGUGGCAUAGGGAACCAGUUGCUGGUCAUGGGUGGUGGACGACGACCAAGCGACAAGGUUUGUGUGAUGGAUGCGGAAGCUUGUAUUCAUCGUGCAGUCAUGGGAGAUGCUUUGGGUGAAGUGGAACUUCGAGAAGUGCCAUGCAGUAGCGCGAGGUCGCCCGAGGAGGGCAGGGCACAAUGCUCCCUGCCCACAGGGCGCAAGAUGCAUGGCGCGGCCAGUUUGGCACCUUUCGCGCCCCUCUUUGUCAUCUAUGGUGGGUGGAAAACAGGCCCUCAUUUUAGCGAUCUCUGGACCUUUGCCAUUGGCGCAGAUGCGUCUGACCUCGAGGACUUCCAAGCUCUUGAACGACAAAGUGAACAAGAGGCUGAUGAUGAUGCGAUGCCUGAUUCCCCCUUCGUUGGCGUGCGCAUGAUGGGCCCUGAUGGUCAAGUGCGGAUGAUGCGUAUACCGAGCGAGUUGCUGCACCAGAGCUGCAAAGAGACAUGCACAGAGUUUCUUGUCAUGCCCGUGCCAUUGAGGGCCAUCAGUUAG